AUGGCUUCUUCGUCUUCCUGCAGCAGGAGAUACGAUGUAUUCCCAAGCUUCAGCGGCGAAGAUGUCCGCAAAUCAUUCCUCAGCCAUUUUCUCAAGGAGCUGGACCGCAAAUCAAUCAACACGUUCAUAGAUCAUGGGAUCGAGAGAAGCCGCCCGAUCGGCCCUGAGCUCUUAUCAGCUAUAAGAGAAUCAAGGAUCUCACUCGUCGUCUUCUCUAAGAAGUAUGCUUCUUCCAGCUGGUGCUUGAACGAAUUGGUUGAGAUCCACAACUCCUUCAAGGAGUUGAAUCAAAUAGUGAUUCCGGUUUUCUACGGAGUUGAUCCUUCUCAUGUUAGAAAACAGGCGGGAGAGUUUGGCGAGGACUUUAUGAAACUCUGCAAGGGCAAAAAUGAGGAUCAGAAACAAAGGUGGAUGCAGGCUCUAACAGAGGUAGCUAAUAUGGCCUGAGAGGAUCUUCAGAACUGGUAGUGUUAUAUAUAUAAUUUGUCUUUAUACUAUAGUUUGUGUGUUUUCUCGUUAUUUUUAUUAUUAUUGACACAGUUGACUAUUGUUAUUAUGCCCAACGAAGCAAA